AGUUGGACAUGUGAAUCAAAAUUAAUCCCUCUCUCUCUCCCCACGUCUCUUUCCCUCUCUCUGCAAUCUCCAUUGCCGCUGCUCUUGCUCUCUCUUUGUUCAGCUGCACCUUGCCUCCCCGAGCUCGCCGGCGAAGUCGCCGAGAUGCCAGAAGCUCACAUAGCUCCCCCCCAAGUCCUAAUUUCCCUAGUUCCUCCUCAUUUCAAAGAUUGAAUUUCAAUCCCACCUUGACCCAACAUCCAAAAUAGCUAUGUUGGAGGCGAAAGAACCUAUAGUGCGUUUUGAAGACAAAGGAGUGAACAUAGAAGGUAGAGAAGUAUCAAGGUGAAAUAUGCUUAUGUUCAUAAGCUUAAGAGGGGGAAACGGAUCAUACGAAAGAGGAUUAUGGUCUGGAGGAUAUGGUUUUUGUGCAAAAGAGGAAGUAUUUCCAUUAGUGGAUGCUACUGAUCUGGCAGUGGAAAAGAAGGAUAAUGAUGCUGUUGUUGUAGCUGUUGAAGAGAAACAAAAUGGCAAGCGAAAGCAGCCUGAGGAAAGUGCUGAUAAGAAAGCUACUGAAAAGAAGGAACCCAACAAACCACCUGAUUCUUGGUUUGAUUUGAAAGUUAACACACAUGUAUAUGUAACCGGCUUGCCAGAAGAUGUCACUAUUGAAGAGAUGGUUGAAGUGUUCUCCAAGUGUGGGAUCAUAAAAGAGGAUCCUGAAACAAAGAGGCCUCGAAUAAAGAUCUAUGUUAACAAAGAAACUGGAAAGCAAAAGGGAGAUGCUCUGGUAACGUAUCUGAAGGAACCUUCUGUAGACCUAGAUAUCUUAUAGGCUGAUGAGAGUUUGCGCUCUGAACUGGAGGAGGAUGUCCGUGAUGAGUGUGGAAAGCUCGGCCCAUUGGAUGCUGUCAAGAUAUGUGAAAAUCACCCUCAAGGUGUUAUCUUGGUGAAGUAUAAGGAUAGUAAGGAUGCUCUUAAAUGCAUAGAGUUGAUGAACGGGCGAUGGUUUGGUGGGAAGCAAGUACAUGCAUGUCUUGAUGAUGGUACCGUUAACCAUGCUUUGGUGCGUGAUUUGGAAGAAGAGACCGGCAGAUUAGAGAAAAUCGGGGAAGAGCUUGAAAACGAAUGAUAGAUUGUUGGAGUAGGCACAGUCAUCUCGUAAAUGUAAAAUUUGACGCAACGCAAUAGGACCAAGCAUGUCGAAGUAAACAAAAACUUUAUUGUUGAAUUUCUAUUUAUUCGUUCUGAAAAUCAACUUAUUGAUAUUUUGAUCAAA